AUGACCUUCUGAGAAGCCGUAGAUUACCCAACACUUCAAUCUCGUUCUCAGUGCAGUGCUUCAGGCUUUGUUUAGAAGAAGACGAGACGGAAAAACCACACAGGUAAGCCAUAAAACACGUAUGUGCACAUUAAUAUCAGUUAAUAUUUGUGAUCUUUUCUACAACAAAUGACAGCGUCAGUCCAAUUGUGGUAGAUUAGGUAAAUUGCAUUUAAUAGAACAAAAUGAAAGAAAGGCACUUAAGAUGGUAACUAUGUUUCAAAACACUUAAAGAAAGUUGUUUGUAUCGGAAGACUUUGCUUCUGCGACCAAAUUCCUCGAGCUUUGUUCUCUGUAUUCGAUUUCAUCAGGAUCAUACAUGAACUGGUUGUCCCAUUUGAUAUAGGGUGAUUUAAAACAAUGACUUAUCACGAAAUGCAGCGGUAGGAGAUUUUAGCAAAUGUUGAGCUCUUGACUCUUCUGUAAAUAGUAAGGUUAAAGUCGCUGAUAACGCGUAAUGAAAAUUUCUUAAUUUAUUUAACAAAGAGUUAUCGGUUCUGACUGAGUUCUCCAACGUUCUUUACGAACAGCGAAUUCAUGAAAUAGAUUUUGUGUUAUAUUGCUGCUUAAAGAAAACUAUAUUUUUACCCGUGACACGGGUACAUGAGUUUCUAGUAUUCUAUAUACAUGUAGAAAUGUGAAUAUAUAUUUUUUCACAAAUCUUGAUAGUGGAAUGAGCAUAUCAACGUAUUAGCAAUUGAACAAAAUAUUCCAAAUCCACCUGACGGGUUUGCAUCGCUCUCCAUCCAUCGGCCUGAGAGUUAUCUUCAUCUUGGAGUGUUGUUUUAUUUCGCGCCAAUCACGAAAUAAUUGAAACCCAUACAAAUUACUUAGUUAUAAGUUGCUUAAAGGGAGUUAGCCUACCUAGCCAUAUCGGUUUUAUUUGAUACUCUCUUUUUGCACAAUAAAUAUUCAUAGCGAACUUUUCAUGAUUGCUUACCUCAAAGUAAAAGAAAACAUGUGCUGUGCCUAGAGCGUUGUUGCGAUAGCCUCUCGCAUUGCCGGAAUCGUGCUAACUUCGAAUUCAUAUGACACAGAGAAGCUUGUUUUCCCCUACCAUGAUUCGAAAAAAAGUCACGGUCCGUCUUCGUGCCAAACCACGCAAUAAGUCCCGUCGUGUAUGAACGUCAUGUAUUUGUCACUGUCUGAGACCUUGCCCACCAGAGAAAAUUGUGAGAACUUCACCUCUCCAAAUUUCUCAUUUUACCCCCAAAAUAACCCCAAUAGGAUAAAAAAUGGCGGAUGAUUAAAUAUCUUAUAGAACCAUUAUGAUGAAUGAAUAUGGUACUAAUGAUAGUAAAACCAAUAAUAAAAAGAAUAAUGAUAACAACAGCGACAACAACAACAACAACAAUAAUAAUAAUAAUAAUAAUAAUGAUGAUAAUAACAUUAAUAAUAGUAGCCAUGAUGAUCAAAUAUUUACGCUGCAAAACCCAAACUGAUUUGCCAGCUGUUCAGCUGUAGUGGGGUCUCAUAGUAAGAGAAAUGCUAUCAUUUUACCUUACCGUUCAACAGAUGCAAGCGACCUCUCUUGACAGAUGUCGGUACAAUUACUUAUUCUAAAAGUGCAGUGACGCCUUUGUAGAUCAUGUAGAACCUGAACCUGCUUCAAAACAGUCUGAAUUAUCACUCCAAUUUUUAAUAAGGGCAGCUCAAAGCGGUUUUAAAAGUCAAAUUCGAAGAAAGGUCGAUUUGUUCACCGCGAAAACAUUUUUCCUUUUGAUUCAGGGGCAAAUGAACUCAGCAAAGAAAGAACGUUUUGACCUUAACAUCACGGGUUUGGUUCAAUUUUCUAUACAGUUCUGAAAAGCGUUUCUUUGUGAUUUUCCUUCAUUUAUUACAGUUACACAAAUUGGUCAGUUAAAUGUACAAUAGCCAGCCGUUUCUGUUAACUUCUACACACUCACGGGAACUCUUGUGAGAUCAAGGGCAACACUGUAGUUAAAAAUAGCUUAUCAGGUCUUAAUUUUGUCGUUUGUAAUCCGCUCAGUCGUUUCUUGACUUACGUUCGUGUUUCGUGUUUCGCGACCUCUUUCACUGUCGGUCCACUGACCAUAUUAUCGAUAAGAUGUGUUAGCGAUUUAUCUUAGGUCAUACACUACAUGUCUCAAUAUCAUAGUAAUCGCCAUCAAAGAGUUAACCUGCAAAAUUAACUAAUAAUAAUUAAUAAGACAAAGCCUGGAUCGGGGUUAGGAAAAUGAAAAACAUUAUCAAAUGAAAACAAAUUAACAACCAGACUUGUUAGACAACGAACCACGAAGAGAAUUGUUGAAGAAUUCAAGAACAAAAUCCAUUUUGAAUGUGGUAGAUAUACCUAUCGUUCGUUUAGCGAGACCUUCAUGAUUUAUUUAAUGAUGUUGAAAAAAAUCACUCAUCAUUUAUGCCGCUUUCUGUUGAAUCAGGCGUUUCUAAAAGAUUUGCAACGCGUACAUGUUACACGGAUUGCCGUAAACCCUCCUGAUUUCUUGAAGUUUACAGUAAGUCUGAGAUUUUCGUCGGUGGCGCAUAAGUAGGGAACGAAUUCAAAUUUCAUGGACAAUUUCAUUUGAAUUCUAUUAGAGAUGGCGGCUAUCCUUUAUUAACAGUGGCUAACGACAAGGCCCUAGUGCAUUAAGUUUGUUAUUCCCAGUCCCUUUCUAGUCUCCUUAGAGAAGUGUCUUCGGUUUAAAGAAUGCUUUGCAAGCAUUUAGAGGUCAGUUGUUUCCAUCCGUUCUCCAUCAGAUUUUAAUAUGUAACAACUCGGGAUUUUGUUGUAUGUGUUGUAACAUUGAAAAUGAUAUCGGUGAAACUUUAAACGCCCUUGGGUGCAACCUUCUGCGCUUAACUCCAGGAUUUUUUUGAUCCGUUAUUUAAGAAUAAAAGAGGAUUACAACUCGAUAUCUGUUGGGAGCAUCAGGUUCCCUCAAGUAAACGAGUUUUUCAUCUUUUUUAAAUUAGAGGGGAUUUAUCAUCGGUAUUAAUUAUGUGGUGGCAUCGCAAUUAUUUUUCUUUUGCUGGAAAGUAAAUUAAGGCUAAUUAAAAGCAAUCGACUGCAUGCGUCGAUCUUAUACCAGUUGACAAAGCCACCUUUAUUUUUCGCUCGUAAACAGUAAUUAAAACUUGGUGCCAUUCAUUCAAACAUGCUUGGUUUAAUUGUGAUAACAGAGCCAACCUUAACGACAGCGAGAGAGCGAAGUCUCUUCGGAAUGUCAACCGUUUUCCGGAAUCAGAGGUGAAAUGUUUAGGAGGCUAACAUCACUGUUGCUACACUGCUAAUGUAAGUGACUUGAGCUUAAACGUCAUCCCACGUCAACGCAAAGCUUUAAAAACGCCUCCUGCUGUUAAAUCCCCAUGAACCAGUAAAAAAUCGAGUUGAAAUUUGUAAAAUCUUUCUCUCUUUGACAAAGAUAACUGAACCAAUCGCCGAGUAAAAACCUAUUGACAACUUGGGAAAACUCUAAAAUACAACGUGAGCAACUACGAUUGAAGGUGAGUUUAAUCCGUUGGAUUUCACGCGUAGUAGCCAGCUGUUCCAAUUUAGCCAGACACUUUUCUCGAACGUUUGUCAAGCUUUUCCUACCGCGGAAAGUCAGCGAAUCCAAAUUAUACGUGCUGCUGCUUAAAAUCAGUAAAAGCUGUUACCACAUGUGUCUAUCUCAAACCCUGAGCUUUCCUGGAAUCCUCUCCUAAAGGUUUAUAGUAUUAAAAUAAGCUUUAAGAGUUUGCCCUUUUCGAGGAUGAUACUUUGAGUCAGCUUUUGAACGCUAUAUAAGCAGUGGCUAAAACGAUUUAAAAAUCUAAUGAUGACAGAGACUUUUAUGGAGUCGUCAGUGACCACUGAUAGCAAACUCAGUAUAAUUUAUUGAAAUCUGAAUGAAUUCGAUGAGAACGUAAGAUAAAAUGGGUGCGGAAAGGAAAUACUGUAAAAAUAAUCAAGUUCGUUGUAGAGAUUUUUAACCGACGUCUUGUGAGAAGGAGGUCAAAAACAGAAUUUGUCAUCUGCGACCAAUUAGCCAAAACUUUUAAAUCAAAUACUUCCUACUAAGAGCUGCUUACGAAAGUGUCGUGCGCUCAAUCUACACCAAAGCUCCGCAGAGAAGGCAAAGCAAACACGCUUUAGUAAAAGACACGCAGAGAUUUAGUAAGGUAAGCUGUUUUGAGCUUCUCUCUUCGAACUUUUCACAAAAAUCUUUAAAGAAUUUCGUUCAGAGCUUCUGAUAAAUUAAUUGCGUAAAGAAAUCUUGGACUCUACAAUACAACAUUAAGAAUGGAGGUUAUCAUACCAAAGGUCGUAUAUUCACAGACGAUUUUAAAAAGAGGCGACUUGGGCUUUACUAAACUUAUUUGAUGAAGUCUAUUACUAAACACAACACUAUACAUUUUCUGCCUUUAGAAAGUUAGAAGGUCUGGCAAGGAAACUAGUUUUUUUAUUUACUAUUUCACGCCCUUUUCCCUUUGGAGCGUACAGCCAGAAGCUAUACCUGUAUUUCCCUUAAUUGAUUAGUGCCAGCUGAGUUUCUCUUCAAGUGACCCUUUGGCUCGAUAAAGUUUGGUCAGUUUAGGUUGAGAAGUUUAUCCUAGGACUUAAGUGUUACGCUCAUAUACUGCACCCUUUUGCGUUGCCUUUCAACAAUAUUUUGAAAAAACUCUCCAAUAGCACUAGUCGGCUGACUAAUCCAUCUUUGCGCCCGUUAAAGAUCUUUCACAGGUAUGAUAUUUUUCCUCUUCGGUUGACUUCUUCAUUCUGUCAUAAUACAAAUUAAUGGUGUCCUUACUGCAAUCUUAGAAGCCGAACAGUUUCUUUUGUAGCAAAUGAAUGAGGUGGACAUAGAGUUAUCAAGGCUGUAUUUUGUCUCCGAUCAUAAGCUCUUAAGAUCCGGAAGAAUUAGACAUCAGCAAGUCAACUAAGCCAUUUAUCACUGUGGCAAGCCGCUGUCUUUUUAUUUGGAUCAUGUCACGGAACAGGGCUUGGUCCUAAGCGGGCUCAGGCUUCUUAUCGGGGUAAAUUAAUUCCUGUACCAUGCAUUUAUUCUCAUCGGAUUUACAUUUGGUUUCCUCUGAAAGAAAUUCUAGCAAAAUUGGACAUAGAUAUUUGUUCUUCAUCGGUGUUAGGGGAGUCUCAGCCCAGGACUGUAACUGAACAAUUAAUCCAAUUUACUCACUUAGACGAAGUGAAGAUGGAUAAAUAAUUCCUUCAAAUUUUCUAUUACGCGUGCUUCAAAGUUUCGUGACGAUUUUUUAAUCAACGUCCUACGCUAAAGCUGUCAUGAUGGUGUAGCUACCUAAAGAUUUUUCACAUCAUACAGAUAGAAGAGCUGAAAAUUAGCCCACAAAUUCGCGGAUCAGCACUGCUUUUAACAAUAAUUCAACAUGAUCAUCCUGUCUAGCGAACAUAUGGUGUCCAUUCAAAUCGAAAACGAAAGUUCAAUUUCUUGAGGGCUGACACAACUUUUGCACAUCUGUCUAUUUGAAAUUAUUUUACUGUGUCAACAACGCGUGAAGUGUUUUCGUGACACAACUGUUUAAGCCAUGAAAAAAAAAUGCCUUGCGGUUUGUAUGAAGAAGACAGAUUCUGGCAGAAUUCCACGCAUAGACAGAUUAAAAUCAUCACACAAAAGUGAACCAUUGCUGUUAAUUGGCGGUUGGGGGCGUGCUCUUUAAGCAGUUUGAUUUUCGUCAAGACAGCUUACAGCUGAAAAGGUCAGAGAAUAGAAAAGUCAUCCGUCUUGAAAGAGUAAAUCUAGAUAGCACAUGCACUAAAUGAGAGAGUUAAAAUUUUCUGAAUUUGUUAAUUUGAGGAAUAACUGUCUUUCUUACUCCAUUCCAUCAUUUCCAUUGUUGCCACGAGGCGACUUAUUCUGUUGGUAUUGGGUUCUGUACAAAUAGGAUUGAAUUUCUGCCGUGACACUUGGGCCCAACUUUGCCGACUUUUCCACUGCCCUAUGAAAAAUAAUUUCGGCACGUUUAACAAUCAGGGUUGAAAGAGGGAAAUAAAAAUAUGUAUAUAAUUCUAAGCGCUACAUAAAAUUUUAUGAUCAAAGUAAGUUACUACCGACAGAUGACGAAAGUUCAAAAUGGCUCAUUAAAUAAGUUUUACUCAGUUUUAAGUAACAUUUGCAACGGCCUGAACUUGACAGGACCAAGUGAGCGCGAGAUUUUUUCUUCUGGCCUUAUUAAGGAAAUAUACAGUCCAGAAAUACCAAGAUACAAAAUAUGUCAGUGCCUUUAGUGAUACUCUACAGAACAAUAACAUGUCUACAAAGUAAAGACGAAUCAGAAUAUUUCAGGACAGGUAAAUUUGCCAAACUGAAAUAGUAGUAAAUUGCGAUCCUGUCGUUGGAAGAAUUUUGGCGUCAGACAAUUAGUAAGAAAAAUAGGAACCCUACAGGAGGAAUGGGAGGAGGUCUGGCCCUACGGACCUUCCUCCGACUCUUUGAAAGAGAACGGCAUACUUUCAGACCUCACUUGACACCCAGGUCUCCGAGUUGGGAAAGAAGGUUUCACCAAGAAAGUUCGGAUGACGCACGGUAGGUUUUCUGCAACAUUUUGUCGUUAGCGAACCUUUAUAUUACAAGCAAAUGGUACAGAAUUGAAAGUUCAUGACUCCUCUAAAUUGCAUGAUAGUAUCAGAGCCGGACUUUCGUGUCCACGAGAAUGGUCACACUGCGAUUGGAAAGAGGCCAGUAUCAGACCUAAAAAUGACAAUGACUGAUUUAUACCAAGUUGCAGCUAAUAAUAGCUACUCGUACACGAGCUGCGUCUUUUCAAGAUGAACCAUCCAUAGGUAUAACAAAUACUAUUCGACCGUUUUAUUUUGAUUCAAUUUGUAACGUUUAGUUGCUAUCUUGUCUCCACUCAUCGACAAACAUUUAUCCAAGAGGUUGUUUUCUUUUUUAAAUAUUUAACAUUGUUACCUUGUGCAAUAUUAAGAUAAACGGAUUGUGUGGUAUUACUUAUGAAGGUAGUUGGCUAAAUAUUUUGUUCCUACUGUUCCGUAUUAGGCCUCAAUCGUACAUCUUCACAGACGCAAAAGGAACACAUGCUUCCUUAAGCAAAGAGAGCCGAAAGCUAUUUUAAGGUUAUGAAAGAGGCCUACAGAUCGAUUAAGUUUUUAUUCUUCUCCCCAUUAAUAAUACGAAAAUUAACAUCUUAAAAAUUCUGCUAUAUAUGAGAGGAAUUUCGACUUUCGUGCAAGCGUAUAUAAUCUUGGCAAACGAAAUUUGAGACUGCCACGGUGGGUUCACCAAAAGGGUAAGGUUAGGAAAAGACAAUUCUACUUAAGGGAAACGAAAGGAUGAUCAAAAAGCUAUGCCUUUCUUCUCGCUUUCCCUGAGAAAAGAAAAAACGUGGAGGCUGAGCAAACAAUCGCUCACUUCAAGCAACAUUCUUUGCGCUUUGCAUUAGGACUGUUUGCUUUGAACAGUUAAAAAAGUAGCCGGGAAAUGAACGUAUAGCCUUUUUCUGGCGGGGAGGGGAUUAAGGGAACAGGGCAAGGAAGGAGGUUGUAAUAAGGUUAAGAGAAAUGCAAAAGGGUGAAGAGGACUUGUAUGCUAAUUGGAUCGGAGGCCCUCUGUGAACAUACGUCUAUGAAAUGUCAUUAUUGGUUUAGAGUUGAAACGGCGCAGCGUAAUUAAAGGAACAAUCAAAUCUUGAAUGUUAUCCUCGGAACGCAUCGACGAUGGACAAAUAUUUUCAGAAAGUCACCAUGCACAUCUCGCUACUUAACUCUAAUUCUAAGGUGAUGUGUCCCAGCUUAAAAAUAGCAAGGGUGACACCAAUCUAAGAUGUGGCAGACUUUCACGAUGAUCGCCAAACGUAAGUUCAGAAUCAUAGAUCAAAAUGUUGAUGUGGGUACGAAAUAAUUAUGUUUUUUUAACUUAAACCGAGCACUUGUGCACCGACCUGAUUACUUCGGAAAACAUUAAUUUGUGUCAUUCCAUUGCAAAAUUAUAAAUCAUUAUAAAUCAAUGCAUCAUUCACUCUUUUUAUAACCGAUUACUUAAGAUGAUGGCUAUUCGUCUGUUAGCCAUAUGUUCAGAACAGUUCAUUUCCCUCUAAGAGGUUGUUUAUAUUAAUCAAGUUGGGUAUAUUAUUGAAAAACCUUGAAGCUAAGUGAGGUACUAAUGAUUAUCUAGAAUCAUAGCCAAACGUUAAGGCCCCUUAACAGUUUGAGCCAAUGUGACCAUUUAAAUUGUUCUUUCGAUAAAGAAGUUUUUUCAGACGGUCUGCUAUCAGAAAUAUUAUAUAAAAUCACCCAGACACGGUGUAAGAUUUGUAAUACAGUACCAAGUAAACAGUAUUUUCUUUGACAUGGAUAGUCAAGUAAAUAAAUCGCAUUUAACUAGCGUGUCGUUUUCCUAAACGCUUGCUAUAUAAGCGCGAGCAGCUUGUCUGUGGUUUGACUCAAAGCCUUCUCUAAAACGGACCUUUUCCCGUGGAACAUAAAAUAUCCUUGGUCACUAAGAGACAUCAGGUAAAGGAAAUAGCGUUUGUAUUCUACCUUGUUAGCCACGAGCAAUAAGUUACUUUCGGCCAACAAUAUAUCAAGGACCCUCACGGGUGUUCACUUGACGUCGAAAAGCCCUUUGCUGCAUGUUCCAUAUGUUCACAUUCAUUGCUAAAAUUGUUAUUCUAUUGUUUGGAAGAUUAUUGGUUGUGGAGAACCAGACAGUGAGUAGAUUUUGCAGACAAGAAUUUUAAGUCAAUAACAAACUUUGUAAAAUUUUCCACUUUACUGGGUUGACACAAGUCAAUGAUAUUUUCUAGAUCUACGGAAGCAUCGGAAAUAAGUAUUUCAAUUGUAUCUCUUCAAGCUUUGUUGUUAGCAACGAUCCAAGUAGAGGAAGUAUGCAACAGAUCAGUCAAAUGAAAAAGAAAUAUAUACUUGCUUUCGUGAUUUGUGGAUCAUUCAAAAUAUUUCUUAUCGUUACAAGAACGGGGGAUUUUCAAAAUUGUUUCCACAGUAAUUUGAUUAUUUUCCUUUCUUUCUUUCCAUUUAAAAAUUUGGUUUUAAAGUUUAGUAAUUGUAGCUCAUGAGCGUGACUAUAUUCAUGAAUCCAAGAGGUAAACAACAUUUUCUUUUCAAGUCCAUGUCUUAAUUAAGGCGAUUUAUUUUUAAUCUUUUUCAUAGACAUGUUGUGACCAAUACUCCGCGUAUGAUAGCAUAAAUGUAACUUUCUGCAGUUAGUUAGUUUCUUUCUGGUUUACGGGUUAGUUUUUUCGCCUUUCAACAUUAAUCGUGCCACUGAGGCAUGUAUAUUUAUCAUCGUGAGAUAAAAUCAGAAGGUUAAAAAUAAUAAGAAAAUGCUGUUUUGUCAGCGAAAUAGCCAUUGUACACUCGCACUUGAUCACACAAGUAAAUUAGCCAAUCAAAAUUUUGCAUUGUUCACAGUUAGCAGAUUCAUUUUUAUGAAAUCAGUACCAUGAGAAUGACAAGACUACGAAGUUGGGCUUCGGCUGGCUUUUGAAAUUGUACAAUACAUUUUUACAUAUUGUAAUUCUAAUGAUCAGUAUUUUGGUCAGUACUCUCGCUCAAUGAUCCAUUCUUAAAAGCAAUAGACAAUUUCCAUAUUGCAUGCUCUCUUCUUCUACUAUGAAUAUUGUAUCAGGGAAAGAAAUUGCUUUAAACAAAGAGAAAAAUCUAGACAUGAUUGAUGAGGAUACUCUCACUCCCUUCGCUGGACCAGCCACCCAGCUUAACAUUGACCUCCAGAUGAAUGUCUCCAACUUAUUGGAAAAAUGUAACGGGCUUCGAGCUUUUUUAAGUCUGAUCCCGUAAGUAACUGCAUGUAUUUACAUAUCGUCUUAAUUGCUGUAGUGGAAGACUUAUUUAAGGUCAUUACGUCCUCACCUACUCUAGGUUAUCACAAAUCAAAACGACCGCGUAGGCAAGCAAAACUUUCAGGUUGAAAAAUUUCCUGAUGUCUGCUAACCAUCUGCUAGAAAUUCCGCCAAUCGAUUGAACUUUUAACUGACAAACCGACACCUGUACAAACUGAAGACCUUCAUCACGACCUCGCUCAGAUUCCAACACAAACACGAAUAAGCUUAGAUUUCCGUUCAGUAGUAGCGUUUACAUCAAUAUUUUUAUGUACUUUGUAGUAAAAGAAAUACACCUCAAUGGGAAACGAGAAAGGCACUUGAAACGCGGUAUGAUACAAAAACAAGUUGCCAGCAUAUCAUGCGUAACCUUUGUAAUAAAGAACCAAAUAAACAUUGCCUUGAUAAGGAUGACCAGAUCAAUAAAUCACAUUUAGCACGUCCGGAGCGGGCCGAAAGAGAAUUUAUGGUAUACAAACGUUUGACCCUAUGCUAUCGCUGAACUUAAAUCUAUACUUGAUAACUCCAACUGUUCAUCACGAAACCUACCGUUGUACUUCCAUCAAACCGCAAGUAAAUAACCAAGUACAAGAUUUGUACUGCAGAUUAAUUUGAAAAAGUUUCAAGAAUGUGGACUUAAGUGUGAUGAGCGCGUCCAUUUGCCCAUCACAAAACCGGAAAUUCUUCAGUUUUUUUAAAACAAAGUUUUGGGUGAUCAUUAAGCGAGGAAAAGUCGAUAUUCAUUUAAUGUUUAGUCAAAAAACAGCAUUUAGCUUUCAACUCACUGAUAGUGAACAGUUUAAAAGCACAUUUUACUAUGGUAUUGGUAACGCUAAUGGGGCGUGAAGAUGAAUACUAUGUGUCGAUGAGUCGGCGAAAUUACCCAAAGAUUAAAUUCUCAGUAUUUAGAGACACUUUCCCUAUUUUAAUACUUAAGUGCCUCAUAUCGUCUUACGAGAGACCAUAUGGUCCUCAUCUGUCGGGUUAUGCAACAUGGUCCCGAGUUUGCAAGUUCAUACCUCUAGUGUUCUUCGCGAAAGUCCUCAUUCAAGUUUAAGAUAAGACAGAAAACGCUUUCAAAAUGCGCAACUACAGCUACAUGUUUUUACCAAAGAGGAUUAGUGCUCUCCGCGUCUUAACUUUAUCCCUGUGGGGUAAAGAAUCACAUUUCUACUAAAUCUUUUUAACGUUUAGGUGUUUUUUAUUGUAGUAAUUAUAUUACGAAAACAUUUAAUUCUAUUUAAAAUGGCUACUCUAUCUCUGAUUAAACUGAAUUUUUGCGGCGGAAGAAGAGGUCUGAUUCCGUAGCUCUCAAAGCUCAUCUUCAUUUGUUAUUUUUCGCAGUUAGAGGAUAGGUCGGAACUUAGAUCUCUCUUUAUAUUAUAUUUCAUAAUUGAUUAAACAAUAUUUUUAAAUUAACUCCCCCACUUUUUGGAGUAAUUGUCGGCGGACUGCGUUGAACCGGAAAAUCCUAAUAAGAUGUAAAUCAUGUGAUAAUUUAUUUUAAAUCGGCUUGAACGAAGAGCAAUGAUUAGUGCGGAUGUGACAAAGCUGAACUGUCAAUGUCUCAAUUCUCGCAGUGUUGCCUCUGUUACACAACUUUUCACGGAAGAACACAGGUUUGUAGUCAGUUUCUACCUAAGUGUUUUAAACUUCUGCUGAAGUGGUUUACAGCUGGCGCUCCGCCAUGCACUGAGUUCCAUCCCCACUUUGUUUACUCCCUUGUGAUGAUGAAACGCUAUUUUGUAGAGUCUGUAAACUAGAAUAAGAAAUUUAUGAAAAACAACCAACAAAUUACGCCUUGGGAAGCACAAUGAUUUACACUUAAAAUGACAUACAAACUGGGUAUGGCACUUCACUUUUAUUUUUGAGAAAAGCUCAUUUGAUGUAGUUCCUUGCCGGCGAGUUAACCCCAAGAUCUAAAAACUCACAAUAAAUGAACAAAUAUUUCUGUUGACUGGACCCGAGAUUUUGGUGUUAUAUCCAGAUAGCAACCCCUCGUUGAUGCUUUUUGUUGUAUUUCAUCAUCUCUUUAAUUGACAGCGAAAAAGCUAUUAGGAAGAAGUUAGGUAUACUGAUCACGUCGAGACGCCAACCUCGUUAACCUCGUUUGAAAAAAUAAUUGUAGUCAUUACUAGUAAUGUACAUGGCUGCUUCCUCGAAUAAUUCCAGCGCUUUGGUCGGUGAUCUGGUGAGCAGCUUUAAACCUAUUUACUCAAAAUGGAUGUCGGUAUUAGAUCUUUGAAAUAUUCUAUCUUGAUCCUUGACCAGGGGAGCAUAUUUCAUAGACUUUAAGCACCUCGACGCUAUCCCAGAAAGAGCUGGGAAUGCUAUUUACAAAAGAUAAGUCUUUUACUCUUCAGCAACUAAAAUGAAAUUGAAAUUUUUGUUGGAUUUGACCUUGAGACAAAGUGAUUUUGUCUAUAAAGCUAGAAAACUUACAUAGGUGUGGUUGAUUCCACGCAUGUUUUACGAUAAGUAAUACUCCUUUAAAGCUGAGUCGUAAGUCGGUUUUUACUAAUCUUUCCUUUGAAUGGAUCUCUAUGUGGCCCGAUCAUGGCACGUUUAAUGUAAAAAUAUCACUAGUUUCUUGGGCGCUAGUUAUUGAUUGACAACCUACCAAAUGCCUUAUAUUAACCUCUGGUUGAUCUUCGGUUAGAGGAAGGUGAUGGUGAUUGGGGUUCAGAAGAAGUCAGAUUUUCUGUAAAUGUACGAUGAAAAUAUGUAAUUCAGUUUUAGCAACAACUCGCGGUCUUUGAUUAACCACGCCUAUUGACCUGGUUAAACUACAUUGCGUUGCGUAUUUUUGGAAAGAUAAUUGUGUCAUCCUUACUUAGAAUAAACUUGGAAGCAUGUCAUGACAAGAAUUUCGUAAUCUUCAGUAAGUUGAAUUCAUUGAUGACUAGUCCUUUCCGUCCAUAUGUUGUCGAGCAAAAGAUACCGAAAUCUUGUCCGUCGGUUGGCACGUAAGCUUGUUAGCUUUGCCGGUCUCAACGGAUUAGACGGUGACAUAUCUCUCGCCCAAAGUUCUUAAUUAAUGUUCAUGGAAGAAAAGGUCCCUGAAUCACGUCUUUCGAUGUUAUCUUUUUGUGACAAGUAUCUCAGCAUCUUAGCAAGGAGAGAACAAAUGAAAUGCAUGAAGAGGCUGGUAGAUUAUACGAGUCCCAGGAGUUUAGAUCAGCUUUCAGCUGAAAUGGUUCUGACUUAAGGCAGCCAAUGAAAACGAACCGAUCUCACUUAAUAGCAACAUUGCCUGUUCAGUGCUUAUGGAGGAAAUUGCAUAAACCGAAGGAAAAUUUGAACAUUUCUUAAAUUCGUUGAUUCUAUUUUCUAUUGAUUCAUAGUAAGUAAUGCAAUUGCUUCGUGUAGGAGCUCAAAAAAGUUGUCACAAGUCAUUGAGAAAACUGAAUACACGGAUAACAGUACGACUUUUCUUCGUUCGCGGUGAAAUUUAAUGAAUCAGAAGUGAUGUGGUUUCACCCUUCUAAACGAUUACCACAAUAAGCCCUAGGAACUACAGGCAGCUUAAUAUCUGAAGGAAAGGUACUUUUUCGUUCGGUAAGUCAUACUGACACUCCUAGGCGUGAUUUCCUCGCUGAAGUACCCAUCGAAGCUAACUACUCCCGUUAGCGGAGCGAGGAGAUUUCUUAUUUUGGACUUAACCCUUGCCAUUCUAUUACUCUAUUACCAUCGCUUUCUAGUAUGGAGGAUGGACCUUCGAUGGACUAAAAAAGGAUGAAGUUUGUAAGACUUUAUAUUUCCUCACACUUCUCAAACAUCCAACACAAACCACGUUUUCAACAUCCCUUCGGCGGGAAGCUUUCAAAAGCCAACGAAAAUUUUCAGUAGCUUAGAAUGAAAAUAAACACAUCUUAAUUGGAGUUAAGCGAUGCCUGAAGAGCGGUUUAACGUCAUAAUUGAUUUGGGGUGUGUCCACAGAGUGCCACCCACAACGAGGUUAAUAUGCACACUUUGAUUACAACUACAAAGUUCAAUAAUUGAAACGGAAGGAAAGAACAUGGCAGGCGAUUUUACUCACGGCAUAGAAAGGAGAUAAUUAAACUGUGACGCACGUAACUGAUGGCCUACCGGUGGGGCAGCGAAUAUUCUCGCGUCACACGCACCGGACACGAAACAUAGCUCGGUCCAUUUGUAUCUCCGUGUUACAACGCUUUACAAGUGGUAAUAAGAGGGAUUAACUUGAUAAGGUCUGUUUUUAUUUAUCGCAAAAGAAAUCCCAAACUGUAUCUAGAGAAGAACAUAUUUGGAACAUGCUAAUUCAUUACAAACUAAAACCUGAUCUCUGCUUUGAGCGAGAAAUACAAUACGUUGAUCGCACAACUGCUUCAGAAUUUGGGCUGGUUUUUUCUGAACUUCGUGCCAUGAAGAUUUAGUGUGUUCUCCAAUUUCACACGAAAUGUCCUUGAAAUCUAAAUCCUCACCUUGCAAAUAGCGCUAAUAAUGUAUAAAAUUCAUCCAAGGCUUUAUGAAAAUCAGUCUGUUUGUGUAAAAUUAGCAUUUUAUCGACGAGGCGGAUCGCAGUAAAAGGACGUUGACAGCUUAUGUCGCUCACUGAUGGAUAACAGAACGACCUUUAACGAUCAUGAUUUGCUCGGAAAACAGUCAGCCCAUCAAAUCAUUGAUAUCAGUGGUUGCAAGUUUACCAUUAAGCUGUAGGAGGCGCUUCAAACUCAUUAUCCUCAAGAUUAAUGGUAUAAAUUUCAUCAAACAAUCAGGAAUGCAACAACAUUUAUUCGAGAAGAAAAUCACUGCCACUUACAAUUUACAUCCUGUCCCUGAUCGCGGAAGCACACUGAGAACAUCUUCUUUAAUAAAUGUCACAAGUAGCGAUAAAAAAGGAUUAGAGGUAUUAGCGCUUAAAUGGAUUUUCGAGGAACAAUGAUCAAGAAUAUGUGAACGAUAAGAGUAGCCAUGCAUAUAAAACAGUUCGUUCGACUGAUAUGGACCUGUUGGAAGCUGUUUUUCAGAUCUCCGCCCACUGUUGUGAUCUGAUAAACGAAGACCUUGUGUCUUACUGAGCUUGAAUAUGUUGCAAAACUCGAAAAAGCCAAAUGCAGCCAGGCCAGAGAGAAAUGUUGGUUUGAGCAUGUAGCCGGUGCCCCGCAAACACACAGAACAGUGCCGGCCUCGCCAAUCAUGUUCAGUUGAUUAUCGAAACAUCAUUGAAUGACUAAACUCAAAUUAAACCUCGCCGACAUCGGGGCGCUCGCUAUUCUAGGUGAACUAAGCCUACUUUAAACAGUGACAAGUAUGUUGAUCGUAUGUAUAUGCUACAAAACAUAAUAAAGCGUGGAUAAUUUUUAUUAUUUCAAAAACCACGCAAUCCGUGGGAAAUUUCCGAUAGUAGCGCGAUUUUUCCUCGAAUGGUUGAUUGAACUGACGGUGCAUUGAAAAAGGUAACGUAAAGAGGAAAGCAGCUGAGUUCAAUGCUAUCAUACUUGUCUAGACAUCUCGACUCCUUAAGAUAAAUAAUUGCUUGAUAGUAGUCGGAUGUGAUUUUUAAAUGUAGCACUGUGAUACUAUUUAUUUAUUUUUUGCCCCUCGAUUGUCUUAAUCGUAGAGAUAACUGGCUUGACAUGAAUCAACGGAGCAUUUGAGGUUGAACCACGUAAGAGUCUAGAUCACGAUAAGGCAACCCUAAGCAAACGAAGAAACGACUUGGACGACUUCUACUCUUUGCAGCACCCUUAAGCUGUUUACUGAGAUGCAUCAAUCCAAAUUCAAGAGUAUAUUCGCACUUUUCGUGGUUUGCUGUCUCAGCACUGUUUGGCAGACUUCAUCAGAGGCGCUGCCUCCCUGGAAGCAUCUCAAAGGUGGUGUGGAUCAGCGACCCACAAGAGACAAGCUGAAACUAAAAUUUCCACUUGAACCAACCCGGUAUCCUAGCGAUCCGAUAGAAAGCGACUUUGACAUCGAGUCGCUGAAAAGAUUACUUGGCGAGGACUACGUUCCUGAAUAUAUUGCACUAACCAGAGAAGAGGUUUUAGAAAAGAAGGCCAAUGACACACUUUCACACGAGGAGGAUUUCAUGCGUAAAAUGUUGGUCAAAAGUAUGCCAGAGGAAAUUAAAAAUCUUGACUUUAAAAUGCCAGGUAUGAAAAGAUAUCUUGGACCUAAGGCAAGUAAAAAACUACAGCUUUGGCUAUGGCAAGUGUCGCACUGCUCAGUUUCACAGAAGUGGAAAAAUUUGGGAGUGCGUUAUUGGCCUCAUUUCAUUAACGUCGGGAGGUGCUCCAAGAAGGCAACGUGCUCCUUCCCUUCAGGAAUGAAAUGCCGGGUCUCAAGUACAAGGAAAGUCGGAGUUCUUCGCUGGCAUUGCUUGGAAAGAUUCGCCCAACGAAACGAGACUAACUGCACGUGGUUGAAGUUUGAAUACCCUGUGAUCACCGAAUGCAAAUGCGCCUGUCUCUAAUGAGACCGAUGGGAGUCAGGAGUAGUCCAUUUAGGGUUUCACUACCUGACGUAAAGGGUCACACAUGCGAUCCUAAAAUUAGAGAUUCGAAGUCUUUUAACUUUUAUGGAAGGAAAUUAGUCAUAAGAAGGCAGAACUAGAACUUGUGCAUUUUGGAAAAAAGUGUUGUCCAAGCUUUUGUUUGACAGGUAAGUUCUAUUAUGCGCGGCCUUUUCUUGGAUGAACAAAAAGCUUGUCUCGUGCGGGCUUGUUGAAUUAGCUGAAUACCAAGGUCAGAAUAAACAAAUUCGCACCUCAUUUAUAGGCUUAGAAUUACAGCAUGUCAAGGAACUAAUUAUAUAAUCUGGAAAAUCAUCCUAGAUGUAAUAAGAACUUUUUAAGAGGUAUUACACCCACAUUUAGGAACAGCACAGUAGUGCUCUAAUACAGAUACCUAUGAUGUUACAAUCGUCAGUUUUCUGUUAUCCAUUAGAGAACACCUGAGUUUACUUUACGCUCUAUACCAUCAACGCCUUAGAAAACACUUCCUAAUGUCUCCGACACGCGUAGAUCGGUAGCAAGAUAGAGAAAGCCGUUUCCGGCCAAUUUUAAGCCACUAAAUCUAAAAUCAACAAUUUAAAAAACCACUAUUGUUCUGAACCUGGUUCAGAUGCAUUGACGACGGUAAAAAAUUUUUGGGCGAUUGGUCACGAAUCAGUAAGAAAGCUGAUCUUUCUAAGAGACUGAAAUGCCCCAAAGAGAUCAAUGUACUCAUUAUGUUGGAAGUACGACGCAAACUGUUGAAUCCAUUUUUGAAAGCUCAUAUCGUUACGUUAUAGUUUAAAGUAUACCUAUCGCACUAUCGGCAUCAGCUGAAAUGUUAAAAACCAUUAUAU